GUUCGUCAUUAUCAACUUUUUAAUCAUGAAUUUUCGAUUUCCAGAGAGGAGUCCACGUCCAAACUUACCUACUACUCCUGCUAUACCUUCCCCUCAAAUCCAAUCUCAACCCCCCAAACCACCCUCUCUCGAAAAACGCCCUCCUCCAACUCCAAACUUGAACCCAAAUCUCAACAAUCCAAGUCCUAAUCUAAACCCAAAUCUCAACUUUCGCGAUAGAGAGCCGACUAUGCGCGACCCCCAUCGCGAACGUGACCUUGGUCGCGAACCACUCCACCCCCGUGACUUGCGUGACCCUAUAUUAGAGCGCGAUCCUGCUUUGCUAUCUAUACCGCGUGAGAGAGACCCUGGUUUACUCCCCAGAGAACAUCCUCAUUUCCAACGCGAGCCUCUUGCGCUUGGCCGUGGCGAGCCCCUCCCGAGGGAAAGAGACCCUCUUAGCCUUAGAGAGCCCCUGCUCCCACGCUAUCGAGAUGAGCGGGAGAGGGAUAUGGAUAGGGAGCAUGAGAUGGGCAUGGAGAGGAGAGAACCGUUGGGUAUGGAUAGGCGUGACCCAGCUUUGGAUAGGCGCGACCCGGUUAUGGAUAGGCGCGACCCUGCUAUGGAAAGGCGUGACAUUCCCAUGGAUAGACGUGACCCACCCAUGGACAGACGCGACCCGGCCCUUGACAGACGUGACCCACCCAUGGACAGACGUGACCCAGCCCUUGACAGACGUGACCCACCCAUGGACAGACGUGACCCGGCCCUUGACAGACGUGACCCACCCCUCGACAGAAGGGAGAAGGAUAGACGAGACCACGCACACCCAAUGGACCGCUUCGAACCUGGAGCCCGUCGUCCCCCAUCCGAACGUGGUCCCGUCCCUGCAGGCCCCGGCGUACUCCAACUCCACCCUGGCCCUAUUCAUCCCCAUCCCCACACCCAUGCACAGCUAGAUCGGGACAGGGAGCGAGAAAGAGAACGUGAAAGAGAACGUGAACGCGAAAGGGAACGCGAAAGGGAAAGGGAACGCGAAAGAGAACGCCCUCAUGCUAUGGUGCCCCCGCUAGACCGUGAACGCGAGAUGGCGAUCCAUAGGGAACGAGAAGCGUUGCGUGAGAGAGGGGAGAGGGAGCUUUUGCCACAACAGCAGCAGCAACAACAACGGGAAAGAGACAGGGAAAGGGACAGGGACAGGGAACGCCCCGGAGACAUGCAACGAGAUAAACCCAACACUGCUGAACGAGAAAGGGUAGGACCAGGCCCUGGCCCCAUCCCCGGCUCCGGCCCCGGACCCAGCCAUCGCGCAUCUCCACUCUCCAGACCCCCAUACGUACCAACAAAUACCCACACCCACCCAUCCCCACACGCACAUACGCACGGACACACACCAAACCAUCCGCAUGCCCAUAUUCCGGCGCACACUGGACAUAGUCAUCCCCCGCCUACGCAGGGUCGUGGACGGAUGUUACCAGGACAGGGACAGUUCCAGGCGUUGCCUCUCCCGCAUGCGCAUGAGUGGGAUAGGGAGCAUCCGCAGGGGCAGAGGGUGGAGAGGGAGCGUGUGGAUCUGAGGCUUCCUGGGCCUGAGAGAGAUAGGGAGCGGGAGAGGGAGAGGGAGAGAGAAAGAGAACGGGAGAGGGAGAGGGAGCAGAGAGAACGCUUACCUUCUGAUCAACGCCUGAGCGAGCGUCCUGGUCCAGGGGAGAUCUUACAGUUGAGGGACCCAGCGCUUUUGGUGAGAGAUCGAGAAGUUGUGGUGAGGGAGCGGGGUGACUUUAUGAGAGAACGGGAGCCCAGAGAACGGGAGAGAGUUGGGGAGAGAGAACGCGAGCCAAAGGUGCUUUCAGACCGAGAUCGGGAGCAGAGAGAGAGGGAGCAUAGGGGUCUCGAACCGGCUGAUCGACGCAUUGGACGCCGUACGCAUUCACAUCCGCAACCUCAGGCUCAGGCGCACUCGCGGAUACCGUCUCCCAUGAUAGAAGAGAGGGAGAGAGCGAUGAUGGAACGUGAGCGCGAGCACUUUGAGCGUGAGAGAAUGGAGAGGGAGAGGAUGGACAGAGGACACCUUGAGCGCGAGUACAUGGAACGAGAACGGGAGCGUGGGAUGGGUAUGAGCAUCACUGAGCGGGAAAGGAUAGAACGCGAACAUCUCGAGCGAAUGGAACAACAGCAGCACAUGGACGCCCUCGAACGUGAGCGCUUCGACGCUCUCUCUCGCGAGCGCGAACGUGAACACCUUGAUCUCAUCUCCCGCGAACAUGCCGAAGCCCGUGAGCGUGCGGAGCGUUUGACACUUGAGGCGAUGGAGCGUGAACGCGCUGAACGUGAGGCCCUCGAGCGCCUUCCCACCCCACAGGAACUUGCGCUGCUCCUCCAAUCCCGCAUGGAGCGCUCGCAUGUUAGCCUCGGGACUUGGGUCUACCCCGCAUUACCGUUCCCAUGGUUUUUCGGAGAGCAUAUGCCCUGGAUGAAAGAAGGAGAGGCACAGGAGAUCGGAAAAGAUGGCUUGGUCAUCCCUCCGGAAGUCCGUCUCACAGUUCUCAUCCCAUCCUCCUUCCUCCCUGCAUUACGACCACACAAGCUACGAUUAUGGGGUGGAGGAUUGUUACCCCCUCCGCCGAUACAAUUUUGGCCUGUACAUGCGAACUUGGGUGGCAAUGCAGCUGGAAACGGAAAUGGGUCUGGCCCUUCCGGAUCAAGCACCACGCCUAACACCUCAGGAGCUGGUACAAGAACGACGCCAAACCCUGCACAACCUACUUACCAUCCAAUGCACGCCCCCCGCCGACGCGUCUACACGGACGACUCAAACGUUCUCGCAUGCGCCGUGCACGCUGGUCUUCUAACAUGGAGCGCCGUCUCCCGCGCAAAGGAAGAAGGCAAAGACAUCAAAAUCGUGCUUGGAGUCGUGCCCACCGUGUCUAGUUUUGGAGGCAACGUUCCGAGCGAUGCAAGCAGGAUCGCGCUAGCGAAUGGAAAUGGAACGCCUUCGAACGGCGUCACGCCCUCCGCACCGAACGGGAUCACGCCUAGCACCUCUCAGUCUUCUACUUCGCAGCCGUCUCAUGUUUCUAGCAACAACGGUACCAGUGGUAUUGCAGGAGCUACAGCGCUUGAUGGGAUGGGUUACGCUGGUGGUGUUUGGGCGAGCCGGUUCGUGGGUGGAUGGGGGGAGGCGUUUUAUGGGCAUCUGAGUGCCGGGUAUCGUGUUGGUGCUGCGAGUGCGAAUGAUGCUGCGGGUGCGAGACAGGGACAGAGGAGCUUUGAAGAGGAAGCGGAGGAUGAUGGGAGAGGUGUUGUUAGUGCUGGUUGGGGGUGGGGACAUGAUGGGAGUGCGGUUGAGGUUGUGGAUGUUGAGGUUGUUGAGAAGGGCACCGCACGAGGUCCUGGGCUCGGGCGACGCAACAGGUCGCAGAGGCUACAAGAAUAUGCGACGCGUCGUACGGCUUUGGCACUUUCUCCCUCAUCAUCUGCAUCACCACCACCACCUCACACACAUUUAUUCGCUGACGUAACUAAUGGCCGCAAGCGACGCCGGAUUACCUUUGACGAUAUCAGCGUGAAUGGGAAAACAAACGCAGACCCCGAGAACGUGGAGGAGCUGCAGAAGAUGCAUGCGCGGACGCUGGUGUUUGGUGGCCCGGGGGUGGGAGCUGGAUUCAAAUACAGCCCGACACUCCUUGCAUGUGCGCUCUUCCCGCACCUCGCAGACCCUGCAAUACGUGUAUCCUUACCUCGAAAGCGGCGGAAGAUCGUGCACACGCAGGACCCAUCUGCAGGGACAGGGGACGCGAAGAUGGACGCAGACGGUGCUGGUGAUGAGAGUGGGGACGAGCGACAGGCAGUGGUUCUGGAGAGCGACGGCGAGACGUAUCUUAUUGCUCCUGGGCCUAGCCCGAGUGAAGGGUACAUAUUGUCUGUCCUCCUGCCUACACCUUCUAUGGACGGGAAGGGACCCGGAAUGGACGCCGUUGAUGAGCCUGUGGACGAUAAGAACACGGUGACAACUACACCUGCACCUGCGCCCAAGACGCCUCCACCCCCUUCGAGUGCUGGCGAAAACGCAACAGAUGCUUCCGAUGCGCCAAAAGACGAUCAAAAAACGCCAGUUCCAGAUCCACCUCCAGCGCAGCCCAUAUCCGCUUCCCCGCCUUCGGAAAAGACAGUGCCCCAGAGCAGUCAUACAAAGGUCAUCAGAAGCAACCUCCAGGAUACGGAUUUCAAGUUUGAGCAGGAUGGUAUUGUUGUGUGUGGGGAGGGUGACGAGAUGAGGGUGAGAGUGAUGCGAUGGAGGUGGUAUCUAUAAUACUUACGGGGCUUUGUUGCGCUUACUAUGCUUAGAAUUAAUAUUGCUUUGGUCAUGC